UAGCCCCGAGGUACUCUACCAGUCACAACACAAGCAGACGACGAAACGCCAUCAUGAAUUGUGCGGCGAGCACCGUGAAAUACCUCCUCUUCUUCUUCAACUUCCUUGUUUUUCUCUGUGGAAUUGCGCUUCUGGUUCCCGGAAUCAUAUCGGUGAUCCAGUUUGGAGAGGCAACAUACUUUGUCGACGGAAAGUUCAAUGUCCCCGCCAUCGUCAUCACGACGCUGGGUGCAAUUGUCCUGAUAGUCGGCUUUUUCGGCUGCUGUGGUGCCAUCAAGGAGAAUAGCUGUAUGAUGAAAACAUACACGGCUCUCGUAAUAAUCAUCGUACUGAUCGAAGUUGCAAUCGGUAUAACUGCAUUUGUGUUCCGUGACGACUUCGAUGGUAUUGGAACGAAAAUAGAGGAGGCAGUCAAUAACUACAUCCCAGGUGGUGCAGACCAGCCAAUCGAUGAGCUUCAAAAAACGUUUGAGUGUUGCGGAGUGAAUGGUCCUGCCGACUACCUCGGCCAACUGCCAGCCACAUGCUGCAGUGAAGGCUCGGCUUGUACGGCAAGUUCCCAGUACCUGUUCACCAUGGGGUGCAAGCAGAGACUCGAAGAACUCAUUUCCGCCCUAAGCGACCUUAUCGGCGGCAUCGCCAUUGGAAUCGGUGUGGUGGAGGUCGCCGUCAUUAUCUUAUCAUGCUGCCUGUCGGGAUCAAUGAAGAAUUAGAACGUCCCCUAUAUCGGAGCCACAUUUCGGGGCAUGUUAAUGUCACCUUGUGCGUUCUGAUCGUAUCUCUCUACAAAC